AUGGGUCGAAUGGGUGGAGGAGGAAUGGGAGGUGGGGGAAUGGGUGGAGGAGGAAUGGGAGGUAGAGGAGGAGGAGGAAUGGGUGGAGGAGGAAUGGGAGGAGGAGGAAUGGGGGGGAUAGGGGGAAUGGGUGGAGGUGGAAUGGGAGGUGGAAUGGGUGGAGGAGGAAUAGGGUCCAGAGCUGCCGAGCCCUACCGCCUGGCCACUCACGAGAGUCCAACUCCCCCCCGACACAUGCAGUCCAGCCAGGGGUCUGGUCAUGGGAUGGGUCACGGUCCUGCCGGGUCCGGUAUGGGAGGCCAUGUAGGUCAGAGUCCUGGUCAGCACGCAUCCCGUCGAAACCUCCAGGUCGACUUCAGUGGCUCCAGGACCGGCCGGUCUCCAUCGGCGUCUCCUGACCGCGGCGUCACGCCCACCUCACCUUACUCGGUGCCACAGAUCGCGCCCAUGCCGAGCAGCAAACUGUGCCCAGUGUGCACCUCCACAGAGCUGUCCAACCCACCGGCUGUACCCAACUACAACACCUGCACCCAGUGUAAGGCCACCGUCUGUAACCAGUGUGGAUUCAACCCCAACCCACACCUCACUGAGGUCCAGGAGUGGUUGUGUCUAAAUUGUCAGAUGCAGAGAGCUCUUGGCAUUGAUAUGACCACGCCUCGCUCUAAGAGCCAACAGCAGAUUCAUUCUCCAUCCCACCAAGCCAAACCCAUUGUCCAGCCUCAGCAGCCCGCACCUCAGCCAACACAGCCGGCAGCAGCAGCACAGCCCAAACCUCUGGCACAGAGUCAGCCCGCCCAGCGACAGCAGCAGCAGCAACAGCAGCAUCCUCAGUCUCAGCCCUACGGCCAGACGCAGCCCUAUUCCCAGGCACAGCCAUACACCCAGUCCCAGCAGUAUCCCCAGUCUCAGUCUCAGACUUACCCAUCAUCCCAGCCGGGGCCGCAGACUCAGCCUCACGCCUCCCCAGGCUUACAGAGACACCCAGGCCCUGGCGGCCCCCAGAAUAAGACAGGGCCCUCCCAGCAGGGCAUGAGGGCUGACCCGUACUCCCACAGAGGUCCUGGAGCUCCAGGGGCUGCCGGAGGGCCUACAGGAGGCCUCAAUCAACCUGGGGGUCCAAGGAUUCCCCACCCUGGUGCUGUGCCACUGCCUGGUUUGACAAAAGCGCCCUCCCAGCCUGAUUUGGGUCGUGGUUCUCCGAUGCAUCAGCCAAUGGCUCGACACCACGACCAGACAAGAAGUGCCGGCUCCUCGCCGGCCCACAGACCUCAAAGUCAGGCACCCCCUCCUGCCCAGGAUGGCCUGACCAAACUGUUUGGCUUUGGAGCAUCGCUGCUCAAUCAGGCGAGUACCCUGAUCAGUGUUGACCCUCUGCCCACCACCUCUACCCAGCCAAGCCCUGCACGAGGCAAGGUGGUGUUCAGCAAUGCAACUCCUGAAAACAGGCAGCAGCAACAACAAGGGACAGCUGGCACUAAACCAUUAGGGAUGGGGGGUCCCAAAAUGGGUGGACCACAUGGGCCAUCGCAGAAGCAACAACAGCAGACCAUGCCCUAUCAACAAGGAAUGCCGCAACAGCAGUCACCCGCCCAUCAUCAAAAGGGGCAGCAAGGACAACCACAACCACAAGGUUUACAUCAGCAAACACCCCCUCAUCUGCAGAAAGCUCUGCAGAAGCAGGAGCCUGUGGCGGCCCCUGUGCCCGCUCCAGAACCCGUGAAGCCGAAAGUGAACUGUCCUCUUUGCAAAACGGAGCUGAACAUUGGCAGCUCCGGCCCACCCAACUACAACAGUUGUACGCAGUGUCAAAGCCAAGUGUGUAACCUGUGUGGCUUCAACCCUACACCACAUCUGGUGGAGAAAAAGGAGUGGUUAUGUCUCAACUGUCAGACCCAGCGGCUGAUAUCUGGAGGCAGUCUUGACGAUCCACCCCUAACCGUUCCUCAUCCGUCUCCCAAGCACCAGCCAAUGGGCUCGCCCCGUCACCAGGUGCCAACCAGCCAGCAGAGCCCACUCCACAAACCUGCCAAUCAGCAAGGGCUCAAGACAGGCCAGGGCCAGAAAUCGCAGAUGGGAACUGGCAGUGGCGGACCAUUUGCCCCAACUGCCGCCAAACAACUGACCGACACCAAGACCACCACACCAGCUACAGCACCGGUACCGACCAAGGACACCCAACAGCAACCAAAACCCACAGAGACAAAGCCCAAGUCGGAGUCUGAGAACCAAACCUCCCAGAAGAAAGGAGAGCAGAUGACACCAAUCACUGAAAUGAAGAAGUCCAGGCACUAUGAUGAUACAAAAAGCAGCAGUACCCAGGACUUGUCACGCAGCCCCCAGAGCCUCAGUGACACCGGCUACUCAUCUGACGGCAUCUCCAGCUCCCAUAGUGAAAUUACAGGUCUAAUUCAAGAAGAGGAGAUGAAACUUAGCGAAAGGGGAAUCAGUGGGCGGGGCUCACCGCCAAGUCCCUCUGAAAUUACAAAGCUAGAGAGUUCCAUGAGGCCUUUGCUGGAGAAGAGUCUCUCUGAAGAUAAGGGAGACAGAAGGGGAAGAAAGCACAGAGACAGAGAUUUGGAUGACAGAGGAAAGCAGCGCCCACGCUCCCUGUCAAUCCCACCAGAUGCAUAUGACUCUGACGAGGAAUUAGAGGACAUAAUGGAGGAAGAAGAAGAUGGAGGAGACUGGGAGAGUAAACGAAAGGAAGGAAAGGAGGAGAAGAGGGAGAAGAAAAAGAAGGAAAAAGAGGCUGAACCCACAGAAAUGACUGAUGAGGAGUUCAUGCGGAGACAAAUAAUGGAGAUGAGUGCGGAUGAAAUGAAUGAGGAGGAGGAAGAGAUGGAGGAAGAGGAGGAUGAGGAAGAUGAAGGAUAUGGCUACCAGAAACCCAAGAAAGGCCACCAUAAGCAAAUCAUCUCUGACUCAGGGAAAGAGAAGAGACGCCUUCAGCACCACUCCAGCAGUUUUGAGGAAGAAACUAAGAGCUCUACUGAUGUUUACAAAGGCUCAUUGGAGGAAGGUGAGGAAGAUGUGAUGGCAUCACAAGGAGGCCUGAGGCGCUUUAAAACCAUUGAACUCAAUAACACCAAUAGCUACAGCAGAGACAUGGACCUGAGCAGUGAAAAUGAUCUGAGCCUUGAUCGGGAACCAGAGCUAGAGAUGGAGAGCCUGACAGGAUCUCCUGAAGAACGUUCUCGUGGUGACUACUCAUCCACUCUGCCACCCACUUCAUCCUCAUAUGGCUCUGGCCAGUCUCCUACUUCCAUCUCAUCAAUGGAAGAGGAUAGUGACAGUAGCCCCAGUCGGAGACAAAGACUGGAGGAGGCCAAGCAGCAAAGGAAAGCUCGCCACCGCUCCCAUGGCCCUCUCCUUCCCACCAUUGAAGAUUCUUCAGAAGAGGAUGAACUGAGAGAGGAGGAAGAACUUCUUAGAGAGCAGGAGAAGAUGAGGGAGGUAGAACAACAGAGAAUAAGGAGCACAGCACGAAAGACUAAGAGAGAUAAGGAAGAGCUGAGGGCUCAGAGGCGCAGAGAGAGGUCCAAGACACCACCUAGCAAUCUUUCACCCAUUGAAGAUGCUUCUCCAACAGAAGAACUUAGACAAGCUGCAGAAAUGGAGGAGCUCCAUCGCUCCUCUGCUUCUGAGUAUUCCCCUCAGAGUUUGGACUCAGAGGCUGAGGGAUAUGAGUCCAAACUUUACAAAUCAGGCAGUGAGUACAACCUCCCCACCUUUAUGUCUCUUUACUCACCAGUGGAGAAAUCAUCAACAACAACAACAACUACCAUGGCACCAACCUCAACUUCCAAACCUCUAAAGAGUGCUGAAGAAGUUUAUGAGGAGAUGAUGAGAAAGGCAGAGAUGCUGCAAAAACAACAGAAACAACAACAACAACAGCAGCAACAACAAGGACGGCAUGGGCAGUACUAUGAGGAGGAUAGAAAUGGACAAGGUUAUGAUGAUGAGUUUGAAUAUGAACAAGAAGAAACAGGAUAUGACAAUGAGGCAGCAGAGACAGAAACUGAUAUUUAUGAGGAGAUCCGGCAAACAUCGCAAAACAUCACCAAGAUGCAGCAGGCCACUGAUGAGCAAGUAGAGAUUGAAAUUGAGAGCUCCUACCCAGACAAACAGCUCCUAGACACAGGCUCAGCCUUUGCUAAGCUGCUGGAGCAGAGCAAUGCUCUAUUGACCCCAGGCACCAGCCCCACCCAGAUCUCUGCUCCUGUCUCCUUUGCUGAAAGUGGAGGACGAAUCCCAGAUGUUCGAGUAACUCAGCACUUUACUUCAAAGGAUGGACACAAAGAUAGGAUCAAAACCCAAGCAGGAAAGAAUGGAAUAACCCCCGCAGUGGCUGCCACCACUAUUGCAGCUUAUGGAGUUUAUGCCAGAGAUGCAGUAACUAUUUCGCAGACUAGUUCAUGCCAGACUAUGACAUCUACUCAGUCUGGAAUGCAUGUCCGACCCACAGCAGGGCCUGCCACAUCCUCAGCUACAGUUUCAAGCGUAUGCAGCAAGAUUGCAGAGAUUACCCAAGCCUACAGUCAAAGAGAGGUGAUCACAAGGAGGGUAGGGGAUACCAGGGGUGUCCAAGUGCGAGACAGCUCAACAUCCUCCACUGAGAGAAUUAUUGAGCCACGUUCUCCCAAGUAUACAACUUAUUACAGAAGUACCAGUCCUCCUCUGUCUCCCUCACCACCACCACAGAGUCCCACUCGGUCACCUUCGAGAAGGAAUACAGCUGAGUUUUCCACGCAGACAUUCAGUUCAGAAUUGCGAAUGGAUUCCGCUGGAUCUGGGCCCACAUCUCCAGUGAUGGCUCAGGGCACCCAAACAUCACAUCGAGCAGCUUCCCCGCGGCUGUAUCGACAGCAGUCUUCCCAAGAUGCCCCAUAUUCCCCACCUCCAAGCCCGGCAAGACCAAUGACAGUCAACACUGCAACUUCUCCUCUGUCUUCGCCCACUCGAUUUAGCCGCCAAUCAACAUUUGACACCUACUCCCCUUGCAACAGCCCCCCCGACACGCCACCUUACCAACAUUCUCCUGACCGCAGCUUCUACCGAACACAAAGAGUGGAGAAGGUAAAUGUGGGAACAAGUAUGGUCACCACAACCAGCACUUACACCAGAGGAUCAGUGUCAAUGGAUAACAUCUCCCUCUGUCGAAUAUCUACUGUCCCAGGUACUUCAAGGGUAGAGCAGGGCCAUAUGAUACAAGGUGGAAGUGUUGUGGACCUCAGAACAGCCACCAAACCAGCCCCUAUUAUCAUGACUGACCAAGGAAUGGAUCUUACUUCAUUAGCCACUGAAAGCAGGAAAUACCAUGGUGGAUCAGAGGGUAGCAGACAUGCAACAAUUGUACAGCCACUGAUAAUGAACUUGAACACCCAGGAGACCACCACACCAACCACUGUGAGUGUCACUGUGGCUGCUUCAAUGUUCAUGAUCCAGCCUAAACAGCCAACAGUCUAUGGUGACCCACAUCAAAAUCUAAUGGAUCUGGGCCAGGGCAUGGGUUCGGCUGUGUGUCUUUCACAGAACAAACCACAAAUUUCACCUCCAACUGACCCAUCAAUACCAAAAAUUGAUGCCAAACUGGAAGACCUCAGUAUCCAACAGAGAGAGCUACAACUACAACAGGAGAAGCUCCAGAAGCAACAAGAGAUCCUUGAGCAGCAGUUGCAUCAGCACCAUCAGAUGCAACAGCAUCAGCAACAAGCAUCAGCUUUAGCGAGGUACAACCUUACCGGCCAGGUCUCACCAUUAAUUAAAAAAGACAUGCUUGUCAGCCAGACAAGCACAACCUCAGCUGUGGUCAGUGCAGUAUCACCAGCCGUUAACGCUGAACUGUAUGGCACUGGUCCCAUUGAGCUGAAAGGGAAGCCCAGUCCUCCUGGUAUGAUGUCAGGUGGUAAAUCACCACAUAGCAUGGUAGUACAGAUGGAUGGAGGACCAGAGCAGGUCAGGGCAGUAACUCAGCUAGUGCAAGUCGAAGAAGGACAGGAUGCACUGGAGCAGGCUGGUGGCCAAAUUAAACCUGACAACCAACCAGCUUGCUGUGAUGUUGUUUACAGACUUCCAUUUGGUGGAAGCUGUGUUGGUGUUUCUGAGAAAGAUGGCAUAAGGCCUCCCUCUGCCCCACCUCUCACCUAUGAGUCUGACCAAGAAAGACAACCUGUAAGGUAUGAUGAGUAUCCAAUGGAUGGACGUAAAGGUUACACAUUACCUUUCCCUGGUAAGCUUCAGCCUUCAAUGUCUGAUACAAAUCUAGCUGAAGUUGGGCUACAGUCUUACCAAUCCAAACUAGAACAACACCUCCAAGGCACAGGAGAGCUUGCCAUAGAUUUAACUGCCAUGAAACACGGGUAUGGAGGGUAUAUAGGGAUGCAGUAUGGCUCCUACACAGAUUUACGUCACGGAGGAGACAUACCAGCCCAAACACUGCCUAUAAGGAGAUAUAAUUCAUUGUCUAACAUUAGUUCAGACUAUGGUUACUCUCCUCGUGACAUUGCUGACUUCCAAGAAGCAAACCUGGCUCAGUACAGUGCUACCACUGCCAGGGAGAUUAGCCGGAUGUGUUCAGCACUCAAUUCCAUUGAUCGGUAUGGAAGCAGCCCCGAUUUGAUGCAGUUUGGCACUCUGGGGAGAGGAACUGGGCCUGGGUCCUCCAGACUUGUAGCAGGUCUUGGUAUGAGACAAAACAUGCUAUUUGGACUUGAUGGGAAGCCAAUAUCCCACAGUCAAGCUCUAACCAACCUUAUCAAUGCCAGACAGGCCAGUCUCAGAGCCAUGUACCCUGCUGCUAUAAGGUCUUCUGAUGGUAUGAUCUACUCCACCAUUCAGACCCCCAUUGCUUCUACACUUCCCAUUACAACCCAACCUGCAUCUGUUCUUCACCCACUUCUGCGUGGGGUCUACAGGCCAUAUCCCUCUGCCAAUAUGACACCUGUGCCCUUAUCUAGUCUUACCAGACUCCCUAUGAGCCCAAGAAUUCCUGUAUCUGGACAAAAUCUAGUCCGUUACCCAGCACCAGGUCUUCUCCAAACAACAUCAGCCACUGCCACUACGGCACCACCCGUAGCAGCAGCAUUUGCACCAAUAGGUGCCCCAGUUUCUGUUUCUACAACUAGUAGCUCUACAGUCCAGGAUGAACCAGUUUACCUUGGUAAAGGUGCCACAUUGACCUCAUCAUCAGCAGAAAUCAACUCAAUAGUAGGAACAGUUGUAAUACCAACACAACCGCAGCAGCAGCAGCAGCCAAUAAACCUGUCGCAGGCACACCUGAACAGUCAACAACAACAACAACAACAACAACAAGUUACAACUGCUCAGCAGCAACAGCCGCCUCCUCCAGCAGCCCAUGCCUAUCCUCCCUCAGGUCCUUCACACACCCACGGCUACUCUCAACCUCCACUAGGCCCGUCUGCCCCUUCUGGUGGAUUGCCAAUUCCAGGGGGUCUUCCUCCCUUUCCUCCACCAGGUGCCAUACACAAGGAGGGUGAAACAGAAGCAGAGAGGCUGCAUCGGCAGCAGGAGCAGCUUCUACAGAUGGAGAGGGAGCGUGUAGAGCUGGAGAAACUCCGGCAACUGCGCCUGCAGGAGGAGCUGGAACGAGAGAGGAUUGAGCUAAAGCAUCACAGGGAGAAGGAGCAGAUGCUGGUGCAGAGAGAGUUACAUGAUCUGCAGUCCAUCAAGGAACAGAACAAGCAGUUGAAAAUCUUUCAAGUUAACUCUGUUAAACAGGUUCUGCAUCAGCAGCAACAAGAACGUGAGAAACAACUUGUUCUCCAGAGGGUGCAGCUGGCUCAGCAGAAGUCCCAGCUUGACCAGAUCCAGUCAUUACAGCAUCAGCUCCAGCAACAGCUCGAAGAGCAAAAGAGACAGAAAACUGCUGUAGCUCAGGGCAUGCCGCUGGACAUAAACGGACAGACAGGCUUCCGGUCCCUCCCCAACUCCUCAUCAGAGAUGUGUCUGAGGAGCCAGGAGGAGCACGUGGAGACCAGGAGUAACAUGAGGAAGCACAGCUCCAUGACCAGGCUGAGCAGGGACAGCCAGGACGUAGAUGGCGUGGUCUUCUACGGCUCCCCCCGCAGGAUUGUGGACAGCUGUGUGCAGACAGAUGAUGAGGACGGAGAAGAGAAGUACAUGAUGCGUCAUCGCACCAGGAGGCGUGGUCGCAGUGUUGACUGCUCCGUCCAGACAGACGAUGAUGAGGACAAAGCUGAGUCGGAACACCCGGUCCGUCGAAGACGUUCCCGUUUCUCCCGGCACUCGGAGUCCAAUGCUACUGGCAGUAGCACCGCUGCCUCAAACAGUACAUCCAGUACAACCGACACACCCAAGAUGGUGUCCUCCAGCAUCGCUGUCCAGACCAUGAGGGAAAUGUCUUGCCAGACAGAAGUAGAGCACCUAGGGAGAGUCUCCCCAGCAAUCCAUGUGACAGUACCAGACCCAAAUAAAGUAGAGAUUGUGCACUAUAUCUCUGGACCUGAGCGAACCCAAAAAGGACAGUCUCUAGCAUGCCAAACUGACCCAGAAGCCCAGUCCCAGGGUGUUGUAGCUCCACAGCUCAGUGUACCAACCACAGUCAGUCCAUAUUCUUCCUCUACCAGUACCGGGACACAACAAUCCAGUUCUGCGGACCUUCUAGCCCAGCAGCGCCAGCAGCAGCACAUUGCAGCAAACGCAGCCAAGUUUGAGCGGCGUCGCCCUGACCCACUCGACAUCAACUACCAGCCUCACAACCACCUCCACAACGAGUCCAUCUCCAGCAUCAUUCGGCAGCAGCAGACAGUCCCCAAAACUCCACAAGUCCUCUACUCUCCUGUCUCCCCAGUGUCCCCUCACCGCUCACUGGAGACUUCUCUCUCCAGUGAGCGGCUGAACAAGGCCCAUGUCACACCUCAGCAAAAGUCCUACACAGCCGAGUCUCCCCAGCGCCACCCAUCUGUGCCCCGACCCAUCAAGAGCACCCAAAGGUCCAUGUCAGACCCUAAGUCCCUCAGCCCCACCACAGACGAACACACCAAAGUCAGGCUGAACCUGUAUCAACAACAAGCACUCCAGAGCCAGCUGGCAGCCCUACAGCAGAGCUCACUUCUUCGAAAGGUCAAGCGAACCCUGCCCAGUCCUCCUCCAGAGGAGACUACUGCAGCCGCUCAUCUGCCCAUGAUGACACCCGCCCUUCAACAGGUCUACCUGCCCUCCGUGCCCAGCCACAAGCCAAGCUCCAGGUCUGGUCUGGCAGCUAAAGCCAGCCUCCUCAAAGACCUCACCCACGAGCUGAAGGCCGUGGAGCAAGAGUCGACCAAGCUCAGAAAGCAGCAAGCUGAACUGGAGGAAGAAGAGAAGGAGAUUGACGCUAAACUGAGAUACCUUGAGCUGGGGAUCCACCAAAGGAAAGAGACACUGGUCAAAGAGAGGGAGAGGAGAGAUAUUGCUUACCUUAGGUGUAUGGGGGACACAAGGGACUAUAUGUCUGAUAGUGAGUUGAAUAACCUACGUUUUGCGGCUGCAGCUGCAUCACAUGAGACCAAUGGACUCUUGACGAGGCCAAGCACUGCCCCUCUCAGCCAGUUCACCGGCGAUCUGAACACAGCAGCCCAGUACCCACCCACCUCGUCCUUCCUCUCUUGUCAGUACCCCCAGAGCCAACCUGCAGCACCUUCUCAACAAUCAAAUGUGUCAUACCAGUCCUCAACAUUCAACCAGCCUCCCUAUCCAACAGUGUCCCAGUCCCAGGCACUGCCACAACCCACACCCCUCCAGAGCCACAUUCCUCCUCUAGGACCAUCAUACCAAUCUCAAACCUCCUAUUCUUCCCACACCUAUCCCCAAGCUCAGCCCCCUUACCCCCAGACAGACAUGGGGAUUCCAGCUGCACCUCAGCCACAGCCUGGGCAGACAGGUUUUGGGCCUGCACCACCUGGUCAGCCUCCAUACCCCACCCACAGCUCACCUUAUCCCAGCGCUUUGUCCUACCCCAGCCAGACUCCAUACCCUGGGCAGCCCCAAGCUGAUAUCCUGACAGUCCAUCCUGGAAGGCCCAGGCAGACUUCACUUGCGGAUUUGGAGCAUAAGAUGCCCACCAACUACGAGACGAUCAGCAACCCCACGGUCGUGGUCACCACCACGGCCCAGGAUGCUACCUAUUCCAAUGCAGCCCCCUCUUAUGGUCAGUACACUGGAACCACAACCAUGGCCAGCUCAUAUGGGCCUUAUGGCUCAGCACCAGUGUCCAGUAGCUACGGUGGGUACUCUACCAUGCCACCAAGCACUUAUGGGCCAUAUACUUCAACACCAGCUAGUUCAUAUGGCCAGUACACCACAACCACUGCUAAUACUUAUGGCUACACUACCACCACAGCCAGUUCGUAUGGACAGUACACUUCUACAGUUUCCAAUGCUUAUGGGCACUCUGUAGAUAAUCCCUCAACCUACAACACAGUAGAUGGGAUGUACGGGGCUCCUGGCUUAGAACAAAACAUGCCAAGAAACUACAUGAUGAUCGAUGAUGUAAGUGAGCUGACGGCAAAAGACGGGCUGGGCACGACGACAGUGGACAUGAUGCAUCAUGGCGGAAGUGGGCGUUACCCGGGCGACAUCCACAGCCACAGCAGCACCAUUGGCAGCACGACGCGUGGGGGAACUAGCAGCUCCUCGUACGGCAGGGCACCAGAGGAGGAAGCAACGAUGCAGGAAGAACUGUACGACCACCACGGCAGGGGUAAGAGCAGCUACAGGCACGGACCUCUAGGGGGCAGCAGCAGCAGCGUGAACGCUAGCAUGGGUGGGGGAUCGCCCUAUUACUAUGACUUCGACUACAAACAUGGCAGCAUCCGCUCCGGGGUACAGAAACCUUCACCAUCCUCUAGAAGCCUUCUGGCUCCUGCUGUCAUGUCCUCCAAGCGCAGCAAGCACAGAAAGCUGGGGAGUAUUGAGCAAAAAUUCUCCAAGUUUUCCCCCAUUGAGGAGGCGCGGGAUGUGGAGGCAGACCUGGCCUCCUAUUCCUCAACGACAGGUGGGGCUUACCCCUCUUCCCACAUUCGAGGGCGCCAGCUGAUCGAGGAUUACGGCUUUAAGAAGGUUCCUUACGAGGCCGGCAGUGGCACCAGUCAUGGUACUCGGUACUAUGGUUCUAUGGGUGAGGAGGACGAUCGGAUUUACUACAACUCCACUGGCCGAUCCCGUUCCACCGGCUAUGGCAUGGACAAGAUCUCAGCCAGGGACUACUCUGGGUAUCGCAGUCGAUCCUAUGAGAGGGACGAUCGCUCCUACCGAUCCAGCUACAGCCAGGGGCGCCAACCAACCAGGCAGUUCUCUGAAGAGGAGAGUCCCCUGGGCAGAUUCAUUCGUUCUGGUCGAUCCUCAAGCUUAGGUCCCGACCCGAACGACAGCCGCAGCAGUAGAUAUCAUUACUAUUAUGGCCAAUAUGGUUCCAGCCACUCGCUUCCAGAUGUACAAGACCACAUACCGGACCUUCCUCGGACACAUGUCUACAAAUCGGAUGAUACGUACAUUAUAGACGAUUAUCAUUGCGCUGUGUCAGACAGCGAAGCCUACCAUCUUGGCCAAGAAGAAACCGACUGGUUUGAGAAGCCACGCUCCAGUUCUCGACACUACGGAAGCAGCCACUCGACUGGGAGAAGCCGGCACAACGUCAAACACACCUACCACGAUUAUGAUGAGCCUCCUGAGGAGGACCUGUGGCCCCAGGAUGAGUAUGGCCAUGGCGGUCGACACUCUACAUCCCGUGACCAACGGCCUCAAGGCAGCUCAAGUCGACACUCGUCCUCUUCACGUCAUUCAGAUGAGCCAAGGUCUUCAAGGUCAACUAAGGGGCACCCCAAAGACCCGUCAAUGAGACAUGAGCCUGCAGGUCGUUCGUCAUCUACAGGAAGGCGUGGCGAGUCAAGGUCCGGGGGGUACCACUCUUCAGAAUACUCGCGGGAUCCGUCUGGACACCAUCACGGCCAGCGAUCCUCCAGACAGGGAGACCCCCACAGAUCUUCACGCAGCAAGUCCCAGCCGCCAGGGGACAUGCAGGGCCAACCACCAGGCUCCUCCAGGUCUGGCAGCAGCUCUGCCCGGGCUCAGGGCCCCGCAGGCGGAUCUACAGGAUCAGGGCGACAGGGCGGUCAUGGCUCCCAGACAGAUGUGGGACAAGGACAGAGGGCCCAGCUCCAACAACAAGCCCAGACAUCAGCGGCCAGGCCAGGGCAGCCCGGUUCCGCAGCAACCACUGGCCCUAUGCAGCAGACCCAAACACAGGGUCAAGGCAUGGGCAUGGGCAUGGGGCAGGGCCAGGUCAAGCCAGGGCAGAUGGGUCCAGCAGGUGGACCCAUGGGUCAGGCCAGGCAGACGGGUCCGGCAGGAACCACGCCAGUUACCAUGGCCAAGAUCGACACUCCUCCCGUAACAGCUAUUGGAGCAAAGGCAGCACCUGUCAUGGCUUCAAAAGCAGCUCAGCCCCCACUGACAGGCAUAGGCUCCAAGGCAGGUCCUAGACCAGGAGGAAUUGGCAGUGCAGCAGCAGGUCAGCCUGGCAUGGAGGGAGACAGCAUGUUGUCCAAGAUCCUGCCAGGAAACGCCGCUGAGCAGGCCGGCAAACUGGGAGACGCUAUCUCCGGUUUCGGCAAGAAGUUCACCUCUUUAUUCUGA